AUGGGUCAGUCACCUUCCUCUGAACGCUCUGACUCAAAGGCUCAUAAUUUGGCCUCCAGCUUCAAGGAGUUUUUUAAGGAUUUCAAGAUGGAAAGCAAAGUCCUUUCUCCUGAAGCUAUCACUUUGAUUAAAUCAAGUCUGGAGAAAGGGAAUGUUGAGGAGACAGCUUCCGUUAUCAGCAAUGCAUUGAAAGAUAUUAAGAAUGCCCCACUCAACAUUGCUGUGACAGGUGAGUCUGGGUCAGGAAAAUCCAGUUUCAUCAAUGCCCUGCGGGGCAUUGGACAUGAGGACGAGGAUGCAGCACCUGUUGGGGUGGUAGAGACAACUAUGGAGAGAACGCCAUACCUACAUUCAAAGCUUCCCAAUGUGACAAUAUGGGAUCUGCCUGGCAUUGGGACUACUAAAUUCAAGCCACAGGAUUAUCUGAAGGCAAUGAAAUUUGGUGAGUAUGACUUCUUUAUUAUUAUUUGUGCUACGCGCUUCAAAGACACGGAUUCACAACUGGCUAAAAUCAUUGGAAAAAUGAAGAAGAAUUUCUACUUUGUUCGAUCCAAGGUAGAUAGUGAUUUACACAAUCUACAAAGGAGUAAACCCAAUACAUUCAAAAAGGAUGUGGCCCUUGAACAGAUGCGAAAUGACUGUCUGAAACAGCUGCAGGACAUCAAAGUGAAAGACCCUCAAGUCUUCUUAAUCUCCAGCAUGAAUGUAUCUGCCUAUGAUUUCCCAAAUUUGGAGAACACCCUUCUGGAGGAGCUUCCAGCUCACAAGCGCCACAUCUUCAUUCAAUGCCUGCCUAAUGUUACUGAUACUGCCAUUGAUCGGAAGAAGGACUCCCUGAAGCAGAUCAUCUUGCUGGAGGCCUUGAAAGCUGGAGCAUCUGCCACCAUCCCUAUCAUGGGAUUCAUCAGUGAUCAAGAUGUGGAGAAGUUAGAGAAGACCUUAAUUCUCUAUAGGUCUUACUUUGGGCUGGAUGAUGCAUCCCUGGAAAGCACGGCCAAGUAUUUGCAAUUGUCAGUAGAGGAACUCAAGGCAAAAAUCAAAUCUCCACAUUUGCUGUCAAUUGAGAAGCAAGAGGAGACCUUAGGGGAAAAGCUGUUGAAUCUUGUGGAAAAAUUCUGCUCUAUCAGUGGAGGCUUUCUUGCUACUGGUCUCUACUUUAGAAAGACCUACUAUUUACAAAAUGUUUUCCUUGACACCGUGGUGGAUGAUGCUAAAAUUCUUCAAAAAGAGAUUCUUAAGGCCAGCAUUGGUUCUGAGUAG